AUGGCAAAUCAAAUUGCCAACUUGAAUAACAUUCGAACCGAAAACAAUGACCGACAAGAAUGGACCGAAGAAGCCGAGCAGCAGUCAGGGCCAACACAUGUCUCAGACACUGCUCGACAGGAAGAGGAGCAACCCGAACAUAAUGAGGAAGCUCAGAAAGACAUAGAGAAUGACGAUCAGGAAAGCUCCCCCGGACCAUUCACGGCGGAGGUGAUGAACUUCGUACUACCCCGAAGGUUUACUCUGCCGACCACCCUAAAUCCCUAUGAUGGGUUAGGUGAUCCGAAGAAAUACAUCAAGAAAUUCACCUCCAUAAUGAUAGUAAACAGUUCCAUUUCUCGAUUUCGAGACAUAUCAAAACCCUUUGAGGAGCACUUCGCUGGAUCAACCAUCUAUCUACAUGACUCCGAUUACUUGAACACAAUCAAGCAAGGCCAGCACGAAAGCCUCAAAGACUACAUGACGCGCUUCACAAAAAUAGCCAUAAGUAUACCCGACCUCCACCCCGAGGUGGAACUACACGCCAUAAAAAGCGGAUUACGACCAGGAAAAUUCCAAGAAACUAUUGCUGUGGCCAAACCAAAAACUAUGGCCAAGUUCCGUGAAAAAGCUAAAGGACAGAUCGACAUCGAAGAACUCCGACAAGCUCGGAAAGUAGAAAAGCCUCACUAUAGAGAUGACGACAAAACACGGGACAGCAAGAAGAAUUUCAAACCAAUUCCACGAUAUGAAACCGAUACCAAAUUCAACACCAAGCGCGAUGAUAUCAUCAAGGAGAUCUUGAAUUCGAAAUUAAUCAAGCCACCGAGAAAGGCUGGCAGUUACCCAGAUUCAAAAGGCACUGACCGAUCAAAAUACUGCUCCUUCCACCAGAAGCACGGACACAAUACCGACAACUGCGUCAUCGCCAAAGACCUACUGGAGCGACUAGCUCGGUAG